AUGCCAUUUGGUCAGAUUGUGAUUGGGCCGCCCGGUUCUGGGAAAUCUACGUACUGCAAUGGGUGCCAGCAGUUUUUCAGCGCUGUUGGGAGACACGUUCAAGUGGUGAACAUGGAUCCGGCUAAUGACGCGCUACCAUAUCCUUGCUCGGUGGACAUCAGGGACUUCAUCACUCUGGAGGAAAUCAUGCAGGAGCAGCAGCUGGGCCCUAAUGGAGGACUGAUGUAUGCGGUAGAAUCGCUGGACAAAUCGAUCGACCUGUUCGUGUUGCAAGUCAAGUCUGUGGUACAGGAAGAAAAGGCAUACGUUGUGUUUGAUUGUCCCGGCCAGGUGGAGCUGUUUACGCACCACUCUUCGCUGUUCCGGAUUUUCAAGAGGCUGGAGAAGGAGCUACACCUGAGGCUCUGUGUGGUCAACCUCAUGGACUGUUUCUACAUCACUUCUCCGUCACAGUACGUUUCCGUGGUUCUGCUGGCGCUGAGAUCGAUGCUGAUGAUGGAUCUUCCACAGAUCAACGUGUUCUCCAAGAUCGACAUGCUCAAGUCGUAUGGGGAGCUGCCGUUCAGACUGGAUUUCUACACCGAGGUGCAGGAUCUCGAGCAUCUGCAGCCGCUGAUAGAGUCGCACGACAGCGGUCUGCUCGCGAAGCGAUACCACAGGCUCACUGAGACCAUAAGCGAGAUAGUGCAGGAUUUCAACUUGGUCUCCUUCGAAGUGCUGUGCGUCGACGACAAGGAAAGCAUGAUCAACCUGCAAAGCGUGAUAGAUAAGGCCAACGGCUACAUCUUCGGUGCCUCGGAGAUCGGCGGCGACACGGUGUGGGCCGAGGCCACCAGAGAGGGAGCCGUUCUGUCCAACUACGAUGCGCAGGACAGAUGGAUUGACAACAAAGAAAUGUACGACAAGAUGGAGCUCGAGCGACAACAACAACUGCUCAAAGAGAAAGAGCUGCAAGACAAGGAAGUCGAUGUCGACAACGAUGACGAGUGGGAACGAGCACUCAAGGACUGGGAACAGAAACAAGGCGUGGAUUAUGUUAGGUGA